AUGGUGUUGGGAGUACUCGUGUUGGGUGCAGUGAUUUGGGGUGUAGCGGUGUUGGGUGUAGCGGUGUUGGAUGCAGUGGUGUUGGGUGUAGUGGUGUUGGGUGUAGUGAUUGUGGGUGUAGUGGUGUUGGGUGUAGUGGUGCAGGGUGCAGUGGUGUUGGGUGUAGUGGUGUUGGGUGUUAGUGGUGUUGGGUGUGUAGUGGUGUUGGGUGUAGUGGUGUUGGGUGUAGUGGUGUUGGGUGUAGUGGUGUUGGGUGUAGUGGUGUUGGGUGUAGUGGUGUUGGGUGUAGUGGUGUUGGGUGUAGUGAUGUUUUGUGUGGCGGUGUUGGGUGUAACGGAGUCGAAUUUAGUGGCUGCGAGUGUAGUGAUGUUGGGUGUGGCGGUGUGGGGUGUAGUGAAGUUGGAUUUAGUGACUGCGGGUGUAGUAAUUUAA